AUGUCGAGUCUAGAACUAGGUCGGAAAUUGGAAAAUGAUUUUGAUUAUAACAACUGUGUCAAAGAUGCGGACAUUUAUGUACGAAUGGGUAAAAUCGUUCAUUUUGAUGUUAGCAUCAUCUUGCAAGCCCUAACCAUCACUGCAGCGAUCACUACUGGCUUAACGCUGUAUACUAUGCAAACGAAGCGCGAUUUUUCUUCAUGGGGAGCCUGCAUCGGGGCCUUGUUGAUGGCUGUCUUCCUCGGCGGGAUUACUAAUGUCUUUUUUGGCUCUCCCGCCAUCCACCUGGCUUUGUCAAUCGCGGGUGCCUUCAUAUUUGCCUGUCUGUUGAUCUUCGACACACAAAUGAUCAUGCAGCGCUUCUCGGCCGAAGAGUACAUCGCUGCUUCGAUUACCCUCUACCUGGACAUCCUGAAUCUGUUUCUUUACAUUCUACGCAUUCUGCAAGCUACCAAUAACAACUGA